CUACAACAUACACUAUUGCUCAUUUCAUAAACGUUUAAGCUAAUGUAAACAAACAAAACAGUGCUGCGAUAAAAUAUUUGUAAGUUUUCUUAUAAAAAUAACCAAAAGUAAUAAUGUCUGGAGAAGAUUGUGAUGCCCUUGAUCGCGGGGACAAUGACGGACAGAAGCCAGAUAAGAUGUUCACCCUAAAGAAGUGGAAUGCUGUCGCAAUGUGGAGCUGGGAUGUCGAGUGCGAUACUUGUGCUAUUUGCCGCGUCCAGGUGAUGGACGCCUGUUUGCGCUGCCAGGGAGAAAGCAAGAAGGACUCGUAUGGCAAACAGGACUGCGUGGUGGUGUGGGGCGAGUGCAACCACAGCUUCCACUUCUGCUGCAUGUCUCUAUGGGUGAAGCAGAACAACCGGUGUCCGCUUUGCCAGCAAGAGUGGUCCAUACAGCGCAUGGGCAAGUAGUCCCUACUACGGCUUAAGACUACUGUACAUACGGUUUAGAAUAAAGGUGCACUUUGAAAAAUAAA